CAGACUGAGCUUGUCAGAGAAAGUACAUCUUUUGCGACCCAGUUCCUCUCAAGUCAAACAUUUGGUCGCAGACUGCGGCCUUCGAGUCCUCACCCUGUAGCGAAGCGUCGACAGAGUCCCCGGGACAUGUCGUGACGGUGAAGCCCGUCGAGCACCAUGGCUUUGGGCCUGCUAUCCAGUAUUACUCCGAAUGCCUGACAAGCCUACAACCGUUGUCGCCUAUGCGGCUGGCGCCUCACUUGCUGCAAUCGCUGCCUUCUACGUCUUCGGGCCUACAUUCUUCAUCGAUGGCGAGAACUCCUACCACACUAACGAUGGGCGCAAAAGGACCAUCAUCGGUCUGUCCAACCCUGCGAAUGACUGCUUCAUCAACUCGGUUCUGCAAGCUUUAGCUGGUUUAGGCGACCUGAGAAUAUACCUGAUAAAAGAACUGCAUCGGAGACAGCUUGACGGACCAGAAAUAUACGAAUCGGCCCCACCGGUCCUGCGGAAGGGUGAGAAAGCGGACAAGGUGGUGAACCUGCAAAAGGGUCCGAUCACUAAGGCUUUGAAGGACAUGCUUGAUGCUCUGAAUGAGCGUCCGAUCUACAAGAAAACUAUCAGCGCCCGGCCGAUGAUAGAAGCAUUGGAAAGAGCAUUCCAGACUCGAAUCAGUCGAAACCAGCAAGAUGCACAGGAGUUCCUACAGAUUGUCCUCGAACGACUUUGCGAUGAGUAUCAUGCUGCACAACGAGCACGCCUGCGAUCUGCGGAUACGCAGCAGACCGAAAAUGGCGAGGCUACAGAGUCGAAGGCGGCAGACUCAAGGCCAGCAUUGUCCGAAGUGUCUGUGGGCACCAACGAAGGAUUUCCAUUCGAGGGACGUAUCGAGUCACAAAUUCAGUGUAUGCGGUGCGGAUUCAGGACGAAACCCAGCGUUACCACUUUUGUUUCAUUGACAUUGAAUGUACCACAGAAAAGUUCAACUUCACUAGAUCAUUGUUUCGACGUUCUCCUCAAGAGUGAGGAGAUUGACGACUUCAAAUGCGACAAAUGCAGGCUAAAACAUGCACUGGAAUGGAAAAAUAAGAAACUAAAAUCGGCAACGGCAGAUAAAGAUCGAGCAGAUCUAGAGAAAGAUAUUAUUGAAAUUGAGCGGGCUCUCGAGGAAGAUCCCGAAAAAGCACCAGAAGGUGUCACUCUUCCAGAUUCGAACCUGGCGCCAAAAUGCAAGAUUCGGAAGUCGACUCGUAUUACGGUCUUUCCGAAGGUCAUUGCAAUCCAUCUCUCCAGGUCGGUCUUCGAUCCGGGGAGUUAUUCGACCAAAAAUAUGGCCAAGGUCUCGUAUACCCAGCGGCUGCGCCUCGGAGGGCUUAUGAAUGAAAAAUGGUAUAAACUGCUAGGUGUAGUCUGCCACAAAGGGAGCCACCACAGCGGGCACUACGAGUCAUUUCGACGAAAUCACCUAUAUCCUCCGUUUUCAACUCCUGAUGCGUUCAGCGCCUAUGCAACUAGGAGCCCCAGUGCCGUUCCCUCGACGACACCUAGCCCGAGUAUCGACGCUAUCCAGUCUAAUGGGGCGAACACAUCAGUCGGUCCUUCGCAAGCACAGUCCAGCAUGUCCUCGAUGACUUCUUUGUUGACAGGGAACAGCAGACCCAGUUCAAAAGGAGAGGAAUAUGGCGGGCCUCCUUCAUCUCGCGCACCGACUGACGAUGCAGGCAUGUCGCCAGUCCAGAGAACCGAGACUCAAGCAUCCAAGCCCCAGAUCCGGACGCAAGAAGCAUCCCCAGGCAAGUUUCGCCGACGAAAGAAGUCUAAUGAUCGAUGGUGGCGUAUCUCUGAUGAUAAGAUCAAGGAGGCACGUACAUCAGACGUCUUGUCCAUGCAACGCGAGGUCUAUCUUUUAUUCUACGAGCUGGAAAGGCCUGGUGAUGAUGGAAUGGCAUGAAGUUCCUUCUGAUGGCGGUGAAUUGCUUCUGCUGUUGACGGGAUGCGGCAGGUACAUACAAAGCAAGAUGUUUGAACAUUAGCAGCUGUUUCUCUUGCUGUACUCCCGUGACAACUUGGGUAGCGAGUCAGCCUUACAUGUGUAGAUAUGGCAGCAAUAUAUUCGACUCCUG